CGUAUACCCAAGCAGCAGGGAAAGAAGAGCGAGACUGAAGGAUGGAUUUUUCAUGCUAAUGCUUGGAUUUAUUUCUCCUUUUAAUAUAUCUUCUUAGGUCUGAAGUGCAUCAAGAGUGUUGUAGUUUAAGGACGUGAUGAUUGACGACUUCGAAACCCAUGUGGUCCGAACUAGUGGAGAUCUUUGGUCUGAGGUCUGCUCCAGUCUGCCAGAUCCACUGGGACAUGAUGAUGGACAAUUUACAGACUCAUUUCAGCCUUCCUCUCAUGGAAUCCCUCAGUCAAACUCUCCCAGAGCUUCUUUCAGCCCAUGGGAACCAAUGGCUGAUUCUGAAGUUUACAUUGCUAGUUUAGAAAGUCGGUUGAAGAGAAUCAAGGGACAACCAAAUGAAGUAACAUCCAGGCAGAUGCUCCGUUCCUUGUCCCAGGCAAAAAAGGAAUGCUGGGAUAGGUUUCUACAUGAUGCUCAAACCUCAGAAUUGUUCCAGGAAGGAGACUUUGAUCAGAGUGCUUUGGAACAGUUCAAGAGGUGGCUGUCCCCUGAAAGUGUGGCCAUCAAUGCAGAAGAGCUGGAGUGCUUGCUUUUACCCACACAGAACAACGAGAUUCCUCCCAGCUCGGCACAAACCGAUAAGCCAUGUGAAGAGGAAGAGUGCCCAAGUCCUGAGAAAUAAGCAUAUCACAGCAAUAACCAGUAUUGCUCUAGUGAUCAGCAGCAGUGUUAGGGAGAUUAACAUUAGAUAAGUGUUUAUGGGGUUUUGUUGUGGAAAGCAACUAUAUUGUGACCCAUUUGAGUGGAUAAUUUGUUUCUCAAAGAUAAAGGGUUAGUUCACCCAAAAAUGAAAUUUCUGUCAUCAUUUACUCACAUGUUGUUUCAAAACAUCAUAACUUUUUUUGGGUGAGUCACUAGUCAUUUAAUUUAAUCUUUUAUAUGAGAUGAAAUUGAAAAGUGACUAAAGCCAGUCAAUUUGCCUGAAAUCAUCUUUUGUGUUCAAUAGAAAAAAUAUGGGUUUGGAACAACAUGAGAUGUGUGAGUAAAUCAUAAUUUCAUGACUGUAUUUUUAUUUUUUUGGUAAACUAACUAUCCUUGUUAGGCUAGUCCACCCAAACAUUAAAAUGUUCUCAUAAUUUUCUCACCAUCAUGCCAUCCCAGAUGUGUAUGACUUACUGUCUUCUGAUGACCACAAAUUAAGAUUUUUAGAAGAAUAUCUCAGCUCUGUACGAUCAUACAAUGCAAGUGAGUAGUGAUCAAAAUUUUGAAGCUCCAAAAUGCACAUAAAGGUAGCAUAAAAUUAAUCCAUAAGACUCCAAAAUGGUUAAAUCUAUGUCUUCAGCAGCAAUAUGAUAAUUGUGGGUUAAUGCUAAUUUAUACUUCUGUGUCAAACCUACGGCGUUGGCUCCGCUUAAUGGCCAAUGCGUUGGUUUGCUUUUAUUGUUCUGCGUUGAUAUGUUCUGUGAGUACACAAACAAAUACUAACUAUAUGUUUCCUAGAUAAACAAAAGCAAUGCAAGCAAUAUAAUUUCAGGAUUCAGAAGUAUUAAAUUUAUUGUAGCAUAUGUCAUAUGAACAUGUCGAAAUAUAUGGGUACAGAUGUGGCCAAAAAUAUUGGCACCCUUUUUUGAUCUUUCAUUAAAACAUAAUCACAAAAAAUCUAACCUUUAAUUGAAGUAAAACAAUUGAAACAUUGGAAAUAUCUAAAUAUUAAAUACAUUUUUAUACAUAAUUAUUAUUUUUAUUCAAUCCUUUUUGCCACCUCCCUUUGCCAAGAUAGCAGUUCUGAGUCUUCUCUUAUAAUGCCUAGUGAGUUUGGAUAACACCUGGCAAGGGAUCUGAGACUGUUCCUCCAAACAUAAUCUCUCCAGAUCCUUCAAAUACAGAGGUCCAUGUUGGUGGACUCUCCUCUUCAAUUCAACCAAUAAAUGUUCUAUGGUGUUCAGGACAGGAGACUGGGAUGCCAUUGCAGAAUCUUGAUUUAGUGGUCAGUGAACCAUUUUUGUGUUGAUUUUGAUGUUUGUUUUGGAUCAAUGUCCUGCUGGAAGAUCCAACUAGAAUUCAUUGUAAGCUUUCUGGCAGAGGCAGGUUUUGAUUUUUUAUCUGUUGGUAUUUGAUAGAGUCUGUGAUGCCAUGUAUCUGAACAAGAUGUCCAGGACUUGUGGCAGAAAAACAGCCCCACAACAUUAAAGAUUUUUUCUUUUUCUUUCAUCUGACCAUAGAACCCGGUCGCAUUUGAAGUUUCAGUUGUGUCUGGCAAACUGAGGAUGCUUGAGUUUGUUGAUGGAUGAGAGCAGAGGCUUUUUUCUUAAAACCCUCCCAAACAAUGUGAUGUAGGUGAUGGCUGCUUUUAUUUUUUUUUAACUUUCUGACACCAAGACACAACUAAUUACUACAAUUUUCCAGCUGUGAUCCUUGGAGUUUCUUUGGCCACUUGAACCUUCCUCCUCACUGUGCGUGGAGACAAUAUAGACACACGUCCUCUUUCAGGCCGAUUCUUAAGAUCUCUUGUUGACUGGAACAUGUUAAUUAUUGCCCUGAUGAUGGAAAUGGGCAUUUUCAAUGCUUUUGCUAUUUACUUAUAGCCACUUCCCAUUUUGUGAAGUACAACAACCUUUUGCCACACAUCAGAACUAUAUUUCUUGGUCUAAACCACUGUGAUUGAUGAUUAAGGGAAAUGGCCUGUGUGUUACCACAUAUUUAUACUGAACAAUUUCAUGUUCCUAGUCACCCAGGUGCACAAAAAAAAAAGGAAAAUAUGAAUGGAAUACUUCAGAUAUAUUUUACUCAUAAGAGUUUCUAGGGGUGACAGAAACUGUGGCCAACGUGUUUUGGAGAAAAAUAUGUAUUUAAAUAUGAGAUAUUCCCACUCUUUCAAAUGUUUUACUUCAAUUAAAGGUUAGAUUAUUGUGAUAUAUUAUUUUUUUUUUGUGAAAGAUCAAAAGGAUAAACAAAUCAGAUUCUUUUUUCACAUUUGUCUUUGCUCAUAUUUACCAAGGGUGCCAAUAUUUUUGGCCACAACUGUACAUAAUAUUUAUUAUACAUGUUGCCUGCAUUGCAGGCAGAAAAUAAAUUAGCAAAUUACUGUACACUUGCUCUUGAGUUGCUUACAUAAUAAUACAUAUAUAUUUUGGUGUACUUUUGACGUUCCGUGAUGAAAAAUUUAUUCUCGCCUGAAUAACAUAAAUUGGUGUGGUUUUAAAGACUUUAUAAUGCAUAUAGUAAAUAUAACCAACACUUACCAGGUGCUUUUUAAUUUGCUGACAAAUUAGAAGUUGUUCUGUGUCCAUAACUUAUGAGAUAUUAUUAUUUACUCUACACAGAGGCUAUAUUUUAGAGUUCAUAAGCUCUGAACAGAUAUCUUUUGUCACAUUUUGCGGUCUGUGGUUAAAUUGGACAAUCACAGCUGUUGUGGUCUGCGUCGAUGCAAUGCACUGUUACAUUUUUAAAGAGGUGCACGCUAGCAAAGUAGGUUCGACACUGAAGUAUAAAUCGGCCUUUAGAAACAGAUCAAUAUUUAAGUCCUUUUAACUAUACAUUCUCCUCCCUGCCCAGUAGGUGGCAAUAUGCAUGAAGAGCAUGAAUCACCAAAAACAAAGAAGUGAAAUUUGGAGAUUCGUAGUAAAAGAGUUCUUAAACAUUGAUCUGUUUCUCACCCACACUUAUCAUUUAGAUUCUGAAGAUGUGGAUUAAAACACUAAGUCGUAUUGAUAACUUUUAUGCUGCCUUUUAUACGAUUUAAGAGCUUAAACAUUUUGGGACCAUUCACUUGCAUUGUGAGGACCUGCAGAGCUGAAAUAUUAUUCUAAAAUAUUUCUCCGUGUUCAGAAGAAAGGAAGUCAUACACAUCUGGUAAGGCAUGAUAGUGAGUAAAUGAUGAGGGAAUUAACAUUUUUGGGUGAACAAUUCCUUUAAGGUUUCUUUGGCUCUGCAUGUUUCUCUCUCUUUCAAUGUGCAUGGUUAUUUUAUAGAAUUGAAUACAAAGAUCAGAAGGAAACACAUCAUGUUAGAUGAGUAAAUAAAACAUUUCUUGCAAAAGGCAGUAAAAUAUUAAUUGCAAAGGAUUGCACUUCAUUCUCUGCUACUGCAAAUAGUAAUUUGGUCUGUGAAGUACAUAAAUAGUCUGAAAAUAUUUUUACCAUUCAGAACAAAAUUUUUUUUUACCAGCCUGAACCUUCACUAUGUUAUCAUAUAACAUUCCAGAAAUAUUUUUUAUUAAAUGAUUAUUUGCUAUUGCUGUUAAAUGUAAAUGGAUAUUCUUGCUACUUGCUAAUUUUCCUGCAAAAUUGGAAGUGCUGCUGAUAUACACUGACUAAUAAAGCACAUGUUCUAUGUAUGUGUGUUCAAUGAAUAUAUUACAAUUAUGAACACUUGAUGGUAAUUUAGUUUUUGUUAUAAAUGAAUAAAUUCAAAUGCAUAGGCCAUUGGAUUAGAUAACCGCUAAAUGUAACAUGGUUAAAGAAUAUUUUGGUAUAAUAAUUCCAUUAUGUAUGGCCACUUCAACUACACUUGUAUUUAGAACAAUAAUGAAAGGAUAAUAAAGACUAGAAAU